AUGACAAGGAUUGUCUUUCUAACAUGGACUUCUAGAAUUGAAACCUGCCACCUUUGUUCCCGUCCCGUGUACCCAUCCAAGGGCAUAACCUUUGUGCGCAACGACGCCAAAGUUUUCCGCUUCUGCCGCUCCAAAUGCCACAAGAACUUCAAGAUGAAGAGACAACCGCGCAAGUUGAAAUGGACCAAGACCUCACGCGCCCUGCGCGGCAAAGAGAUGAUCGUCGAUCAGAAUUUGUUGCUGUCCCAAUUCGCUAAACGACGGAACGUGCCUGUGAAAUAUGAUCGCAACUUGAUCGCCGCAACAAUGCAGGCCAUGGAGCGCAUCGAAGAAAUCCGAGCGAAGCGUGAGAGAGUCUAUACAAGGCGGAGACUCAGUGGGAAGGCACAGCGCGAUGCGAAGAGGAGGCAGGAUCUCAAGGUUGUGGCAGAAGGCGAGCAUCUCAUUCGCAAGGAAAUGGCAGAUCUGGAAGCCGCGAGAGCAGAGAUGGAGCCUAUGGUCGAGCAGGUCAAGAGAGAGAUGGAGACGUCGCGGGUCGUAGGUGAAGAGAGGCUCAGACAGAAGAAAAAGAGAAAGAUGCUUGUCGGUGGCGGGACGGAAGAAGACAUGGAUUUGGAUUGA